AUGGCUUCGGUAGCUGCGGCCACGGCGCCGGUGGCCAAGGCGGACGCUGGUGCCGCCGCUGCCACUGGGGAGAAGAAGCUGCCGCCGCCCAGCCCGCUGCGGUCGAUCCUGGCGGGGAGCUUGGCUGGUGGCAUCGAGAUUUCAAUCACAUAUCCUGCAGAGUUCGCCAAGACAAGAACACAGCUCAACCGCCGGCUGGCCGAGGGUCAGAAGCUGCCCUGGCCACCAUUCGGGCCGCAGUGGUACGCCGGUUGCACGACGCUGAUUAUCGGCAACUCGGCGAAGGCUGGUAUCCGAUUCGUCGCCUUCGACCAGUACAAGCGGCUGCUCGCCGACGCGGAGGGCAAGGUCUCGGGCCCGCGGGCGGCCUUGGCUGGUUUCGCGGCCGGAGUGACCGAGAGUCUGCUGGCUGUCACGCCGACGGAGAGCAUCAAGACGCAGCUCAUCGACGACCGCAAGCGCGCCAACCCCCGCAUGCGCGGCUUCCUGCACGCGGUGCCCAUCAUCGCGCGCGAGCGCGGCAUAGCGGGCUUCUUCGCGGGGUUCGUGCCGACGACGGCGCGGCAGGCGGCCAACAGCGCGGUGCGGUUCGGCAGCUACAACUUCCUGAAGCAGGCGGCGCAGUCGUACACGGCGCCGGGGGAGAAGCUGUCGACGCCCGCGACGUUCGGCAUCGGCGCCGUGGCGGGCCUGGUCACGGUGCUGGUGACGCAGCCGCUGGACACGGUCAAGACGCGCAUGCAGAGCCUCGAGGCGCGGCGCGACUACGGGAACAGCCUGCGGUGCGCGGGCAUGAUCUUCCGCCAGGAGGGGGUCCUGACCUUCUGGAGCGGGGUGUUGCCGCGGCUGGCGAGGUUGGUCAUGAGCGGGGCGAUUGUGUUUACCAUGUAUGAGAAGAGCAUGGAGUUGUUUGAUCAAGUCGAUCCGGAGAGGAAGUAUAUUUGA